GGAUGAUGCUGUGGCAUCACUCACACGGUGUCACGCCGGGUAGGACUGCUGCUCCCCAGGCAGGGAUAGAGGGAUGCUGGCUGCUGGAUGCUGUAGGAUCUACUUCUGCCGUGCUAAGCUGUUAUAAUGUGGGGGAGGAUGUGUGGAGAAAGAGAGAGAGAGAGAGAGAGAGAGAGGGAGAGAGAGGAAGAAAGAGAGCGAUGCGCACCAUCCCGACAUGGCGGUGGAGGGAACUCCCACGCAAACGUUUCACGGGACUGCCUGAUGCUGCCAUCAGAUGGAGGCUCUGGAGCCUCAGCCGCGCAGCUCGAUCGAUUCGCAUUGAUUGUCCCUGACGAGCUGCUCCACUUUCUAGCCAAUGUCAGCCAGUCUGCGAUCGGGAAGGAGAGAAAUGAAGGAAAAUCUCUGCCGCCCUGGCGGUGUCAUUUCCACACACUUGGAUUGGCCGCCUGCCAGCAGACAGGACAGUCGGAAGAAAUGGAGUGGAGUUUUAAGAGCUGGAUGAAAAGGUUUGACAUUGCUGUUGCUUUGCGUUUUGUUUUCGGUUUCUCCCGUUCUUCCUCAUCAGGUUGCAUAAAGCUAUACUCUGGUUUAAUCCACCACCCAUAAGAGCCCAGCAGGUUCCAUUUUCUAUACUUGAAUUUUUGUUGUAAUUAUACCUCUGAUCCAAACCAAGCUGAAUGAAAAGAAACCACUGAAAAAAGUCUAGUACCCAGUGACCCAAUUACAAUUAAUUGUAUGUACAGUUACAAUUUUUCAUAUGAGCACUAUGGGCACAAGCAUCAGAUAAAAAAAACAAAAAAAAUAUCUUACAUCCCAGUUGCACCUUGAACUUUAUCUGAACUUUUCAGUUACAGUUUUUCAAACUUUUGAAAAUAGUUGAUUUCAUACAUUUUGAUUGGUUUGGAAUAGAAAUAGCUGGUCAGGGCCUCAACUCAAGAAAGAAUCGUGACUGUAUGGGCAUAAGGUCUCAUCUUUGUCAUUUUUUUAAAAAGUUAUAGCCACUGAAAUGCAACUUUUUUUUUUAUUGUGAGAUUUUCUUUCUCUCAACGUGCAUCAAUUUGUACCUUACACAGGAAACAUUUGUACCCGCUUUGAUUACAAAUGAUUUAAUUGAAUCAUCUGUAAGCUUUUCUUUGUCUGUUGUAACAAAAUAUACUUACAUGACUCUAAUAAACAACGUCUAUCCAGAGGAGGUCUAUCAGAGUCAUUUCAGGUGUGAUAAGGAGUCAUGUGUCAAAUAUUAAAUGCAACUUGUUCCAAAGUACAUAUUAACACGGCGUAAAAAAAAAGAAAAAAAAAAGGUUUUCUGGAAAAAAAGUUUGAUUAACUAAAUAAUACCUUAAAUUGUAGCAUUCUUUUCCUUAAUUAUCACCAUAACGUCUGAAAAUACCUUAAUGCACAGAAAAAUAAACUUAUACACAACAAUUUAAGUGCUACGAGUACAAAAUGGAUUAUUUAAGCAUCUGAAAAGGAAGUAAUAAAGAAUGAAUCGGUAGUGCAAGAUUGCUACACAGUGGGGGUAAGAAUUGUGGAGGUGAUGAAUUGACUUUUGCAUAGAAUGUUUCUCCAGCUCAGAAAGAAGCAGCAUAAAUAACAAAAGGUAAACAACAACACGCAGGUUUUGCAUAACUUGUAUACUUGUCAACAUGUAUGGCGUAAAUAAAAUUACUCUGCAUCAAAUUCUACCAACAAUGUUUUUCAAGCAGCCUCAUUCUGUCAAGAAAUGCAAAACAAUAGAAAGUGUUGGGCUUUUUUUUUUUUUUUUUUUUAACAAUAAAUGAAUAAAAUAGUCUUGCCCAUUUGUACAGCAUGUUUGUGAAUUAAAAAAUAUCUUAUUUCCAAGUUGGAAAACAAAGAUAAGAAAGCCUUGUGAUGAGUUUCACACUAACCUAAUCUCAAAAUCCAAUAUGGCUGUUGUUUAAAAAUAGUUGCAUUACGCAGUUUUUUUUUCUUUGUUUGUUUUGUGUUACGUAGUUCUUGCAGUCUGCAUCAUUCUCAAAUCAUUUCCAAAGAUCAAUACAUCUAAACCCUCCAUUGGUGAACAUGUUUAUUCAGUGUAUGAUUGCAUAAAAUUCAGGAACACAUAUCUACUACUAUAGCUUGUUUUGCUCAAAGUAAUUAAUCUUGUUGCUUGUUGCUAAGUAGCAACUGAGAAAUCUGCCUGACUUGUUACUAGAAUAUGGUUAAGUUGUGUUUGACGUUAUUCCUACAUAAAACUAGUAACUUUAGAGGUAGAUUACGACAGAAACAGCUGUUCAAAUUGCCAAACACUACAGACACUUUAAAAAAUUGUCUGAAAAUAGUGCUUCUGAGGUCAAGCUAUGUAGUGAGACACUCUGGCAUCCAUUGCUGAAUACAUGCAGACACAUACUGUUGUCCAUUUCAUAUAGGACCCAUUUGUGCAUUUUGAUCCCUUGAGGUGUUGAUGCAUUUAAUAUGAAUAUUCAGAAAAAAAUAGGAAACUGAUUUAAAGCUCAUAAGGGUCCCACUUUUCAUAGAGAAUGGUCCUACAACAAAGUUAAACAAGCUAAGAACAUGGUGUCGUUAUGUCAAUGGCAGACAAUGGUGUGAGGACUAUUUUCAGACAAUUUUCAAUGUGGCUUCAUUUGUAAACUUUCUCUAAUCCAGAUGUUUUUGGCAUUAAAUCAAUGUAAUCAAUAUUAAUUUUCAAUAAGACGUCAAAAAGAGAUCAUUUCCAUGUUAGGUACAGGAGUAAACAGAUGAAAGGGAGGAUAUUCUUGCCCCGUUAGCCGGCAGCUGUAUUUUGAAACAGCUUCUGUUUGGCUCAGAUCUCGCACAGAAAUCCACUCCGGGUUUUCCACCAGGCUCCAAAAAUCUAUGAAAUGUGUUUGCAUGUUCCUCUCUGCAAACGGGGAUGUAGAGGUGGGAUUGCAAGCGCCGAGAAAGCUCGGGGAACCCACGCGUUCAACACAGCCUCAGAGAAAGUGCGCUUUUCUCAUUGAAGCGACGCAAAAUCAGAAUUUUAUUUUAUUUUAUUUUUCUUCACGUUUGUCACUAACAAGCAGGCACAGGGUUAGGAUUGUGUCUUUGGAAAAAGAAGCUUUUUGUGCCCCUGUCUUUCCUUGUCUUCUUUCUUUCUCUUUUUUUUGUCACCAUUCGCCACGGAAAGGCUGGGAGAGACACGGACCGCUCGGACUGUGGGAGACCUCCCUUCUGUUUGAAUCUGCUCUGUUUCCUGAAAGCCAAUGGAAGAACGUGGAUGAGGGCCGCGCUUCUAAGGAGGAGGAAGGCUUUGGUGCCUGUCUCUUUCUGACUGGCUGACUGGUCCGCUAACACCAAGCAACACUCUCACCAGGGCAAAUAACGGGCAGAGUAAAAGUCCUUCAUUGCUCACCCCUUUCCCCUUUCCACCCUCACCCCCGACCCAGGCACGUACGCACCGGACCAUGUCUAGUGGGCUGUCGGAGGGACCCCAAACAGAGGACCUGGAGCGGAGUAGCUGCAAACAGGACUCUCCUGUCAUAGAGCGCAGGAAUCGGAGUGGCAUCAUCAGCGAGCCCCUCAGCAAGAGCCUUAAGAACUCGCGCACCCUAUCUCAAUAUACAGCGGUCUCCUCUGCCACCACCAAUGGACACACGGACAAUAGCUCAACGAAGAGCCACUCGGCCAAACCUCAACCGCCCCCAGUUCCCCAAGCCACUGUCUCCACACUAACAGCAGCCAAGUUGGACAGAACCUUAGAACAGGUUCUGGAGGGACAAAAUGGCCUGCUGCACUUUGCCCAGGCAGCAGCGCUGCUAAAGCGAGCCGGUAUGGAGCACAUGCUCCUGCCUGGGGGCAUGGGAGUGGGAGUUGGCGGCGGAGACGCAGGCUCGGGGGCUAGCGACUUGGAGGGUACGUCUGUCACGGACGCCGUAGGUGGUCCCGUUGACUUCCCAUAUGGAGUAGGGAGCGGCUUCCCCUUCAAUCCGGGCCUUUUCAUCAUGACACCGGCUGGAGUCUUUCUGGCGGACAGCGCGCUUCACAUGGCUGGCUUGACCGAAUACCCGGCACAGAGCGAGCUGGCCUCUGCUAUCAACUCCGGCAAAAAGAAACGGAAACGCUGCGGCAUGUGUCCGCCUUGCCGACGGCGGAUUAACUGCGAGCAGUGCAGCAGCUGCCGGAACAGAAAAACAGGCCACCAGAUCUGCAAGUUUCGCAAAUGUGAGGAGCUGAAGAAGAAACCCUCUGCUGCACUGGAGAAGGUGAUGCUUCCUACAGGAGCAGCGUUCCGGUGGUUCCAGUAGGGCUCCCUCCUCCGCUCCUUUCCCAAAGCUCUGCCAUCAAGUGCAAUGCCAACUCCUGGAUUGUCUCCGGAACAGACACUGGUUAAUAAACAAACUAGCAAUGAAUAAAAUUCUAUAUAUAAAAAAACAAAAAACAAAAACAAAGCAGAAAAAAACAAAAAAAUCAAUCGGAUUAUGGAUGCACCUACUUAUUCCUUGAACCAAAAAUGAAGCGUAAAAGAAAAGCAUCUAUGGCAACUUUUCAUUCCCUUUUUCUAUGUUUCCAUUUUUCAUACCUUUUUGUCCUUUUCCCAGCUGGAUUUUUUCCUCUUUUUUGGUUUCUGUCUCUUAAACACGGAACUGCUCAUUGCCAGAAACAGAAAUAACGGACAGAUGGUGGACAAUCAACUAAUUUCUGUGUUUGGUGUUAAUGUUGUUCAUGUGUGAAAAGAUUCGGUACUUGUGUAGAGAAUGUAAAUUUACAGCUAUAUUUUAAAGCUAGCGGCUAAUGGCAAACAUCGUAACUCUUCACUGUUUUGUUACCUAAACCCUUGUCUAGUUUAUGGUUAAGUUUGUUGAAGAUGGAGGCAGGAAGUGAUUUAAAAUGUGACGCUGUCAAGUUCAGAGUGAAAUGAAAGUGAAUAUUAUUGCUGGGCAAAACUCUCUUGAGUUUAAGCCAUCACUACUGUAAUCUCCUUAAUGAGCCCUCCUCUGCAUUUCCAAACUUUUCCUUUCUUGUAAGACUGGCAGCCUUACGUUACUGUGGCCCUACUGAGCAUGUGCCAGUACUGCUCAGGGCAAUAGCACCAAGCAACAGCACUUGCUCUAAGUCUACCCUACUGAAUGCACUGAAAAAGAUGCAUUUCUUUUUUUUUUUUUUUGGUAAUUGUUGGUUUAUUUGUUAAAUUUUCAUGAGAUUUUUUUUGUUAAGUUGUUGGGUAGCUGCAGCUUUUGAGAGAGAAAAAAAAACUCAAUCUUUGUAUUUGUUUAGGAAAUUCGACUGGUUUUGUGAAUAAAAGGAAUGCAUGUAUUUGUGUCGAACUUUACAAUUCUGAAGUUUUGUCUGAUUGUCUGUUUUGCAUGUUUUUUUUAAGAGCGGUUUUGAGUAAGAAAAUGAAAUUUUCCACGGGUUAUGAAAAAUGUUUUCCUUUGUUUUAUAAUUAGAUGGCAUGAGACGAAGAAAAAAAAAAAACAAAUCCUUCCCCCGCCAAAACUCUUAAAAAGCAAAUGAAAGAUGGUGGUUACAGAGAUCACCAUCAUGUCCCAUUUUGCUGCCUGUGUUAUCUUCCUACACUGGAAUGAUGGAGCCUUGCUGUGCUAAAAUGUAACCAAAAUGAUUUAAAAGAUGUUUGAAUAAGAA